AUGCCUUCGGCUAGGAGAGUACGCCUCCUCAUGAUGGUGGUGCUAGCUGCUGUCAUUACCACCUUAUUCUUCACAUCCCAGAUGCGAUCAACAAUUCCCCGCGACAGCCGAACAGUACACGACUUCUUUGGCAAAACUAUGAAUGGCCUAGGUUCUCAAAAGGGUUCUGGGCAAGUUGUGAUGAGCGGCAAAGGAACAACCGUUGAUUCGACUGUAAAAGACAAGGAUGGGGAUGGAUCUGUCGACGAGGACGACGAGCAGCUAGCGAAAGAUAUGGCCGAUCGGCUGCGCGCUGCCGAGCAGAAGGCCAAGGACUUGGCUAAUGCUAAGGCGCCAUUGAAGCCGGAUGCCCCAAGCGAGGUUAUUGGUGUAGGAAGCUCAGCCGGAGGGCAGAAGAAAGGGGGUUCAAAGGGAAGCUCGAAAGAAGAAAACGAGGAUAGCAAAGAGUCGGAAGAGGAUCGUGAAGUCGAAGCAACCCUUAAUGCUAUCCUGAAGAAAUCACCUGUUGUUAUUUUCUCGAAAACGUUCUGUCCUUAUUCUAAACGGGCAAAGGGAGUCCUUCUCGAGAAGUAUUCCAUCGACCCCGCCCCUUACGUUGUCGAACUUGACGAGCAUCCCUUAGGCAAACAACUACAGGCACGGUUAGGGGUUAAGACAGGACGUAAGACGGUGCCUAAUAUCAUGAUCAAUGGCAAGAGUGUCGGAGGUAGUGAUGACAUUGCCGAGCUAGACUCGAGGAAGACCCUUAUCGACAAGUUCAAGUCAAUGGGAGGGAAGCAAUUAUCUAUGAAGGAGCGAUUCGUCGGGAACGCCAAGGAGAAGCAAGAGUAA